AUGAAGAAAGACAUCGAGACUCUAGUCGCAGAGGAACGCGCUGACAUCAUCUUGAAAUAUGACACGGGCCGACAGGGGGGGGUGGAGGUCGACCCGUGGGAAGAUGCCGACUACAGCGUCUACAAAGUCACGGACCGAUUCGGCUUCAUGCAUGAGGACGAACUACCGGCCCGGACGGCUCAGGAAGAAAAGCUGAAGCAGCUGGAGAUCGAGAGAACAGAGAAAUGGCUGAAGAUGGUGAAGAAGUGGGAUAAAUACAGGAGCAGCGAGCGGAUGGUGAAGCGAGUCUAUAAGGGCGUCCCGCUGCAGCUCCGGGGCCGAGCCUGGGCCCUGAUGCUGGACGUGGAGAAGGUCAAGAGGGAGAACGAGGGCAAGUACGAGAGGAUGAAGGAACAGGCCCGACUCUACUCGGCUGAGAUCAAACAGAUCGACCUGGACAUCAACAGAACCUUCAGGAACCACCUGAUGUUCAUGGAUCGCUUCGGAGUCAAGCAGCAGUCCCUCUUCCACGUCCUCUCAGCGUAUUCAGUCUACAACACAGAGGUGAGCUACUGCCAGGGGAUGAGUCAGAUCGCCGCCCUGCUGCUCAUGUUCAUGAACGAGGAGGACGCCUUCUGGGCGCUGUCGCAGCUGCUGACCAAUCACAAGCACGGCAUGCACGGCUUUUUUGUUCCCGGGUUUCCCAAACUCCAGAGAUUCCAGACACAUCACGAUCAGAUUAUUUCCAAACUCCUCCCCAAACUGAAGAAGCAUCUGGACCGGGAGCAGAUGUCUGCUGGGAUCUACUCCACUAAAUGGUUCCUGCAGUGUUUCAUUGACAGGACGCCGUUCACCCUGAACCUUCGUCUGUGGGACAUCUUCAUCCUGGAGGGAGAGAAGCUGCUCACCGCCAUGUCCUACACCGUCCUGAGGGUUCACAAGAAACGUCUGGUGAAGAUGUCGCUGGAGGAGCUCAGGGAGUUCCUGCAGGAGAAGAUCGCUCAGACGUUCCUCUACAGCGACGACGUGAUCGUGGAGCAGCUCCAGGCCUCCAUGUCGGAACUGAGGAAAAUGAAGCUGGACUUUCCUCCUCCAGGGAAGCCGGAGGAGUUUCCCCGGGAGCCUCUGGGCCAGGAGCUGCCGGUGCUGCUCGGUCCGGUCCCGGUGAAGACCUCCUCCAACGCCAGCAGCUUCCCCGGCGCCGGACUGAGCCUCCACAUCAUCUCCCACCCGCCCGACUCCAUCUCCCCCGACCAGAGCCCCUCCAAGGACCCCCGGGACCUGGAGGUUGCAGAGGAGGCUCCGCCACCGUCCCCGGACCCCAUCAUCAUCCACCGCCAGGCGCCGUGCACCCCCGACGGGUCUCCGCUGAUGGGACCGCCGCCUUACCAGCCCCCGGGGAGCCCAGCGAUGUUCACAGCGGGUCAGCCGUCCCUGCCGGAUCACCACGGGGAUGAAGUGAAACCAGAUGCAGCAGAUACACCCGCCCCUGACUCUUCUGCAGCCGGCGGCACUGACCACGCCUCCCGCGGCGUCCCACGGACUGUUUCGGCGCCUGUCGUCCAGGGGGCGUCGCCCGGCUCGGUCCUGGCUCACUCGGGGAGUCUGUCGGCAGCUGAGGCGGCUCAGGACGGGUUUGUGAUCGAGCUGCCGAAGCGGAACUGGAGUUCAGCCCCCGAGGAAACACAGAGGCCGGAUGUUUCAUGA